CUUUUUUAUAUCUUUUUCUAUCCAUCUGAUUGAUGAUAAACGAUAAUUCAACAUUUAAAUUAAAACACAAUUAUCUGGAUGCCGCAGAACUGACAGACGGGGAAGAAGAAUUGUUCAACAAACUGAUCGAUUUCGAACCAAACACGAGCGACGACGGGCCGACGGCCACUCUCUCAGUGUCUAUCCCCAAGCUGGAGGGUGCUGCAAAAGAUAAGGACGAUCAUGAGGAGAAUGACAGUGCAGAGAGUGACAGUGCUUCUCCACGACGACAAGGUUCAUCACCGGUGCCACCCCCUGAGCAUCCGUACUUACCCAAUGGAGGUAUCGAUAGACACGAUGGCGUACAGCGGAAAAAAAAAUCCGGAAAAUAUCGACACAUCACGUUUCUAGAACCCAAUAUCGACCUCUUGGGUGAGGAAAGAGCCAGUCAAUUGGAAACCCAACAACAACAACAACUUUAUGAGCUUAAUAGACGGUUCGUACUCGAUCACAGUGCACAGCAAAGUCAUUACCGCUUGGAAGUGGUUGAACAGCCACAGCAAUGUCGCGUGUCCAGGUAUGGAGAAAAAGACCGCAGACCUAUUGAUCCCGCGCCUAUCGUCAAAUUGGAUAUAUCUAGUAAG